UUCACCAUCGUCUAACCAUUUCGUAAUUUUUUCUUUGAGCCAGCCAUCCAAAAUGCCUUCGCAUUAAGUCAUAUAGAAAAAACAGCCUAAAUGCAGCAAUCCCAGCAACAAUGAUGAGCAGCGUUGGUGCUAGUGGAGGGGAGAUGUCGGCCAGCAACAAAAAUCCCACAAUCAACCCCCUUCGGUGGUUUGCUGAUAUUCUCCUACCAUCUCCAUUUCUACCGUUUGCCCCAAAAACUGCGGCGCGACCCAAUAACUAAAGUCAAGUCAGUCGUCAACCUGUUUGCAACUCUGCCAAGAAUAAGCCAGCCAAGCUGGCAUUGAGUGGGCUCGUUUUUCUCUUGUUCGUCUAUUUUCGGUCACUGUGACGUCGUUUGUAUAGCAAAACCCUAAGAACAACAACAACAACAACAAAUCGCGGCCCUCACCUCCUCAAAGAACCUGGCUAGUGAGCAUUGCCGCCAACAUCAAACCGAGAAGAACCACACAACAGUAAAAUCAACUGCAGUGGUCAGAACGGAGCACAGAGAAAAGCAGCAAGCGAGAAAAGGAAAGCGAGCAACAAAACCAGCAACAGCAACAACAAAAACAGCAACUCAAAAGCCUUGAGGCAGCCUAAAGUCAAAAACGUAUCAAACAGAAGUACUUUAAACUUUAAACAGAGGAAACAAAGCUUUAAAAAGAAACCAAACACCAUUCAUCCAUUCAUUCAAGCACACAAAUAUACAAACACUCACACACACACGUACACAUCCAUUUACUCGAAGUCAUAUAAACUCACUCCCACACAUCAACAAAAACUUGGCCUCUCACUCACUCCAGUUGGUCGGAACUCCAGUUGGUAGUAGUCGCCGUUGUCUCAACCCCUCUAUCAGGAGCAAAAUUCAUCCCAUCAAAAGAAGAAAGGGAAAGACAUGUCUUCACCAGCCACACAGCAUCCACCAACGCAGCAAAAAACAGCAACUCCAGCCGCCUCCUCCAACACCACCACCAACAACAAUAUACAUGAGAAAUCGGGAGCUGUAAAUACAAAUAAAGGAUCGGCAGCAUCAGCAACGGCGGCCGCAGCGUCAGCCGGAGGCGGUGGUGGCGGUGGUGGUGGCACCGGCAACAAUGUCCACGAUAGUCCCAUAAAGAAGCCGCCAUUAAACACCAAAGAUCGUGUCGUCGACAGUGUGCCCUUUCCACCCAGCCGCAAGCUAACAUCUGUGGACAUAUUCGAUCCACGCACUGGCAAGCCACAGCACGAUAUCCUUAAGCAACAUUUCAUUUUGGAGGGUCGCAUCGAAGAGGAUGCCGCUCUGCGAAUCAUACGGGAUGGGGCGGCCUUGUUGCGCCAGGAGAAGACCAUGAUUGAUAUUGAGGCUCCGGUGACCGUGUGCGGUGAUAUACAUGGACAGUUCUACGACCUAAUGAAGCUUUUUGAAAUUGGCGGUUCUCCGGCUACCACAAAGUAUUUGUUCUUGGGCGAUUAUGUGGAUCGGGGUUAUUUCAGCAUUGAGUGUGUCCUCUAUCUGUGGUCGCUUAAGAUCACCUAUCCCACAACACUGUUUCUGCUACGGGGCAAUCACGAGUGUCGUCAUUUGACGGAAUAUUUCACAUUUAAGCAGGAGUGCAAGAUGAAAUACUCGGAGCGAGUGUACGAUGCAUGUAUGGACGCAUUUGAUUGUUUGCCGCUGGCGGCUCUAAUGAAUCAACAGUUCCUUUGUGUCCACGGGGGUCUGUCGCCAGAGAUACACGAACUAGAGGAUAUACGCCGGUUAGAUCGCUUCAAGGAGCCGCCCGCCUUUGGGCCCAUGUGCGAUCUGUUGUGGUCCGAUCCCUUGGAAGAUUUUGGCAAUGAGAAGAACUCCGACUUCUAUACGCACAAUUCGGUUAGAGGCUGUUCAUAUUUCUACAGUUAUGCAGCAUGUUGUGAUUUUCUUCAGAACAACAAUCUGCUGUCGAUUAUACGGGCUCACGAGGCGCAGGACGCCGGCUAUCGUAUGUAUCGCAAAUCGCAAACUACCGGCUUUCCAUCGCUCAUUACCAUCUUCUCAGCGCCCAACUACUUGGAUGUGUACAACAACAAGGCUGCUGUUUUGAAAUAUGAAAAUAAUGUCAUGAACAUCCGCCAAUUCAAUUGUUCACCUCAUCCCUAUUGGCUUCCAAAUUUCAUGGAUGUUUUCACCUGGUCUCUACCAUUUGUGGGCGAGAAGGUCACCGAAAUGUUGAUGAAUGUCUUGAACAUUUGCUCGGACGAUGAGCUUAUGACUGAGCAGGAGGAGCCCUGCUCGGACGAUGAGGCAGCGGCCCGCAAAGAGGUCAUACGCAAUAAGAUACGAGCCAUUGGUAAAAUGGCCCGCGUCUUCUCUGUACUGCGCGAGGAGUCUGAGUCUGUUUUGCAGCUUAAGGGUCUAACGCCCACCGGAGCCCUGCCCUUGGGUGCUUUGUCCGGUGGCAAGAAAUCGUUGACGAAUGCCAUGCAAGGCUUUUCGCCCAAUCACAAAAUCGCCUCGUUUGCGGAAGCCAAAGGUUUGGAUGCGGUCAAUGAGCGCAUGCCGCCCCGACGUGAUGCCUCGCCUUCACCAGCGGAAGAGGGCCAAAAGACAUUGUCUCAACAAGCAGCCGAGGCGGCUAAUGCUUUAGCCAGUUCCAAUGCGAAUUCAAUCAAUGGAUAAUUCUAAGUCACUCACAUACAUCCUCCACACCCACACACACGAAAGAAAACUAAAUGAAGUUUAAGGCUUAUCUAUAAUUUAAUUCUUCCUCCUCCUCCACCUCCUUCUACUAUAACUACUACUACUCUACAACUACAGCUACUUCGCCAUCACCACAACCAUCAUCACAAUCUUCUCUCGCCCCGACACACGAUACACACCUAUGUCAUCAUCAACAACUCCUUGGUUUAUAAAAUAGUGCAUCUCCCAGCAUCAUUCGUCAUAGGAAGAAGGAGUAAGUUAUUCAAAACAAACAACACACACACUGUGUAAUACAACAUAAAGAAGAAGAUAUGGAGAAGAAGCAGAAGAAGAAGAAAAACAAUUUAAUUUAGCAUAUAUCAAAAACAAAUUAAGCAAACAUUUAACUUAAUUUCACAUUUUUCGAAAGUUUUUAAAAAGAAAAAGUCAUAUUGAAGAAAUAAACCACAUUUAUGAAGUUAUAAACAUGUUAAGAAAAAGUCAACUAAUAAAACAUAAUUGAAAAGAGAUAUUUAACAAACAAACAAACAAAAAAAAAACAAAUAAAUGAAGCAACAACAAGAACACUAAAUUAAUUAGAAAUAAAAGAGAAAACAUAUGUAUUUCCAAAUGUCUAUCGCUCUCCCAAUCUCCACUCUCUCUCUCUCUCUCUCUCUCUAUCGCUCUAUCUCAAACUCUAAAACUCUAUCUGUCUAACUCUAAAAAAGAAGAAAAAAAAACUUUCCAAACAUUUUAGAUAGCUCUAACUAAUCUUUAACCUAAACUGCAAAAAUUAUAUAAAUAAAAGAUAAAAAACAAUUUAUAACCGCAACAACAUAAUUUUUAUGAUUUACACUUAAACAAAAGAAAAUGGAAGUUUUUCUGGUUUUUUUUCGGUCUAAAAGCCUUAACAAUGUUGCCAACGUGUUUAUUUUAGAAGAACAGCUGUUAUAAAACAGAGUGUAAAGCAUACUGCGCUGAAGGCUUUUACUUAUUCCAUUCCGAUUUUUUUUUUUUCAGAGAAAACUAAAACUAAAACUUACUUCCUUCGUACUUAAUUCAAUAUUUUAACUACUCACUCCAUCCAUCCUUCCUGACAUCCUGCUCACCAUCAUAUUUAAUUUGGUCUCAUUCACCCCACAUUUCUCCCUCUCACUAUCUUACUCUUAUACUACUACUAAUGAUCAUAGUGUAUGUGGUCUUAUACGUGCCAUCUUUUUUAAAAACUUUAAACAAUUGUUAGUCAUAUAUAAAUAUUUUUUUUUUUUUUUUUUAAAUAAAGGAAAAAAAAUCUAAAAUUUGUUAAGGCUCGGAGAAGAAUAUGGAAAAAACACAUAGAAGAACAACAACAUCAAUAAUGCUAUAAUUAAGAUAAGAUUAAAAAACUAUUCAAAACCAAAUAACAGAAAAAGAAACAUCCACACACAUAGACAGUUAUAAUUGGUCUCUUUAAGAAUCUCUGUUGAUUUUGUUUCACUUAAUUAUUAUUUAUUAUUUUUCUUCUUUUUAAAUUAUAAAACAUAUGAUGGUUUAUAUAGGGUUUUUUUUUUAAUGUUAUAAUACAUUUUUUGAUGUUAUUGUUUAAUUUAUUUUGUUUUUGUUCUUAAAUAUUUUUUAAUUUAUUUUAAGAGUACAUUUUUCCUAAAUAAAAAAGUUGUUUUAAAUUUAAAUUAAAAAUAAGUUGUCUUAUUUUACACUGGCUGCACACUUUUAUAACAAAGUGCUGCUAAUCUUACGUGCUUACUUCACGAAGUGUGUGUUUCAACACGGAAUGUGUUGUCACUCGUUUCGUACUGUUUCCACAAGUACCGCAUUUUAAAUAUGUACAGUAAAUUUGUUAGCAACUAGGGAGAAACUUUGAAACGAAUGGUCGGAAUUUUAAAUUAGGAUGAGUUUUUUAAGCUACAAUGGAGCAAAAUGCGCAGACUUUUUUUUUAUAAAUUAACCAACGCACACGAACGAGUUGCCGCAACGCUAAAAACCUUCCGAAAGUUCCCGAAAUCGGUAAAAUCGUAAAAUCAAAUGAACUUUUGUAAAUGCUAAAGAAUUCCAGGUGUUGACGAAUCGACUAAGGUUUGCAACAAAAAAAAAAUAAUUCUAUGGCAAUUCUAUAUAUAUAGUACAAUGGUAUGUUUAGAUGACAACGACAGAGGUUGGAAUAACCUUUGAGAGGAAAAUGGGAACUAACAUCGCUAUUUAAAUCUCUGAUAUGUUUUUUUGAUAUCUCCCCAACAUCAUGUAACGUAGAUUUGAGCUGUAGACAGUUUCUAUAGUCUCAAAAGUUAAAAGUUGGGUCAACUGCAUGCACCAGAGGCUUGUAUUGCUUUGUUGCACAAAUUAAGCAAGACAAAUUUUGGGCAAGCGCGAAUUGCGACAGUAGCCCUUGAGGCAUGGUAUAUAUAUUUCCGCUUUAAAAUAUUUUGUUGGAAGAGGGAAAAUGUCAAGCAAAUGUUCUGUGGUAAUAUUUUUUACGAACAAUUUAAUCGAGAAUACUUUUUAUACCCACCCACAAUAGGAAGCGUUCACACUAAUCUUGUCAAUCCAUUUGUAAGACAUCGAAAUAUGGAUCUGCGACCAAAAAACCCUUAUGAAUAAUUGAACGUCUUACUUUGCGUCUAUCAUAAUCGAAUAAAUCUAACCUUUUGAAAAUUUGCACAGAUACUUCCUAGUGAUGUGGUUGGUAGAAAGUUCUAACUUGCAUGAGAAGGGUUGUAAUUGAAAACCGACUAUAGGUUAAAGAAUUUUGUUAGCUUUUCCGUCAAUGAUGAUAUUGUCACUAUCUAAACUGAAGAGUUAUGUUGACCAUGUCAACAUUUUAUACCGUCACUGACUACACUAACCUAUUGAAAUUGCCUACUCAUUUCAUAGUUGCAAAAAUUGUUCCAAAAAACUCUUGAUUACCAAGAAAUAAUAGAAACACUGGAUUUAGGAGUAAGUCAAGUUUAGCAUUGUCAAUUUAAAUGUCAAUGGUGAUGUUUAUAAAUUUAUAUUUUUUUUUACCUAAUUCAAGUAUUUCUUUACUUUUAAACCCAAGACCUUUUAACCAAUUUAACAAGAAAUCGAAUAAACUAUGUCUGGCCAAUAUGUUUCUAGUUGUAAUUUAAUAUUCAUUGGCAAUCCAGCUGUAAUAUUUGAUUUUUUGUUAAAAAUAAA